GGGUUCUUCAUACGAUAAGGAUCAGAAAACAAAGACUCUCUUAUAUUUUGAUAUCAACAAUCUUUAUGGAUGGGCAAUGGUACAGCCUUUACCAGUUGGAAAAUUUGAAUGGAUUGAUUAUGAGACAAAUCCAAGUUUUUUCAAUACACCGCCAGAUUCUGAUAUAGGCUAUUUUGCUGAAGUUGACUUGGAGUAUCCUGAAGAAAUACAUGACGAUCAUAGGGAUUUACCUUUUUGCGCAGAACAUCUUGCACCACCUGGUUCAAAGCAGAAGAAACUUCUCACGACUUUGAAUGACAAGAAAAGGUAUGUCAUUCAUUAUCGAGCACUUAAGCAGGUCUUAGAUAAUGGACUUCGAUUAAAAAAGGUGCAUAGGAUUUUGAGUUUUGAGCAGAGGGCGUGGCUCAAACCAUAUGUUGAAUUUAACACAGAAAAGCGAAAGCAAGCAAAGAAUGAGUUUGAAAAACUCUUCUACAAAUUGUUAAUUAAUGCAGUCUAUGGAAAGUGUAUUGAACGAGAGCGGAAACGUGUAGAUGUGCGAUUAGUAAAUAAAUUUACAGGCAGAUACGGAGCAGAAGCACGCAUAGCUCUGCCAAAUUUCACAGUUGUGCAAUCUUCGAUGAAAAUUUGGUUGCCAUACAGCUGAAGAGGACAAGUAUUACAAUCAAAAAACCAAUAUACGUAGGUCUCUCAAUUCUAGAUUUGUCAAAAACAUUAGUAUAUGAUUUUCAUUAUUCAUAUAUGAAAAAGCGAGUUGGAGAAAAAUGCAAACUCCUGUAUACGGACACUGAUAGUUUAAUAUAUGAAGUUGAGGAUAUAGAUAUGUAUCAAGUAAUGAAAGAAGAUGUACAUAAAUUUGAUACUUCUGAUUAUGAUGAAAAUAAUCAGUUUGGAAUUCCGCGUGUUAAUAAAAAAGUUCCUGGAUUGAUGAAAGACGAAUGCUGUGGCAAGAUUAUGACAGAAUUCAUUGGUUUAAGAAGCAAAAUGUACAGUAUUUUGAUUAAUGGAGCCGCGACAGUGAAAAAAGCUAAAGGUAUAAAAUCUAGUGUUGUAAAGAAAUCAAUCACGUUUGAAGAUUAUCGAAAAUGCCUUCAGGAUCUUGUUAUUAUAAAACGUGAGCAGUGUAAUAUUCGUUCAAAAUUACACAUUGUGCAUACUGAAAAACAGGAAAAAAUUGCUCUAAGUCCACAUGAUGAUAAAAGAUUCUUAUUGCCUCAUAGUACUGACACUUUGCCUUGGGGACAUUACAGAAUUAUGGAAGAACAGAUGGCGCAAGCUGCUAUGCAAGUAGAGGGAGAUGCGGUGGAGGGGAUUGUGGUGGAGGAGAGGGGCAACAAUGGCGAAGGACGAAAAAGAGAGGGAGAAAGUGAGUGGGGGCAUGAAGCAACCAAUGAGAAUGCUUCGCGGGUAGGGAUGACACUUUAUGCUGAUGGAGGGGAACCAAUCAAGAUUGAAUAUGAUGUUUUAGAGGAGUUUAUGCACGAGUGGGAUCCAUCAUUGGAUAGGUUAGGAACUGAACAAGGAGUGAGAAAUGAUAUAUUACUAGAGGCUAUGGAAGGGGCAGAAAUUGUGGUGGGAAACGGGCUAUAUGAACGGACUAAACACGAUGAAGAGCACAUUCGAGAAAUCGAAGCGAACAACCAACCUUGUGCAAAGAGACCAAGACUCACCUAACUCUAAAAUAAAAUGGAUCUAUCUGCACUCAACAAGAUUGCUGAGCGUGAGUUCUUGCCUAAGAAGAAAGUCACGGAUUUGGAAAAAGAUCAUGAGUACAUAGUGACUGCACUCAAGGAAGUAAAGACGAGAUUCGGCACAAAGAUCGUGGCUGAGAUCGAUGACAGCUUUCAAAUAUUUCUGCCUGGGAAGAUCUCAUCAGCAAUCUUGAAAGAUCAAGAAUUUUUCAAUAAUCUCUCUAACACAGCAAAUAAAUUCAGUUUAUUUAUAACAUAUCAGGGUGGAACUUCUUUCAAGUUCACCACAUGCUAAAAUAAUGAAAUACAAAUACUGAUAAUUGUUAAAU